UACAACUAGACAUUUUUACUUUAUGACAAUCCGCUUGUGUCGACCCUUUCAGCUAAAGCUAAUGCAUAAUCUCCCAGCAAAAUUGCAUUAUUGGACUUGGUUUCUGUGUAACUGGCAACGAAUGUGACUUCAGUUCUGUUCAAAUUCUGUGAAGAUCUGCAAUGAAUAUUGUUUACCCAGCAGGUGGAUAUGACGUCACGGACUUGGAACAUCAGAAAAUAACAACAUCCAAAUCCGCGAUUCCGUUUUCUUUAAUAGCGCAUUAAAUUGUAAUAACAGAAGGAGCUCGCUCUCGUAUUUGAGACAGAAGGUGUUGUGAAACUCUAGAUUAUUCUCCCUGUAACGGCGCUCUCCGUGAAUGCAGCAGAGAUAUCUUCUCGUAGUUAAAGUUAGUCCCCCCAAGCGGAGUAAUAUUGUUAGUAUUUACAGUGUGGUUGUUGCAUGCUUUCUUGGUACACAAGAUCGCAUGUACAGUUCAUUAUCUCUAGCACAGAAUUGUCUACUGCGUUCACCUACCAUUGUCGAUUCCGUGUCAUCUGUGAACUCCUGAUGAUCCCGCCUCCAAAGAACCUAAGCUGAAUUCUCAUUGGAAGAAUGGAUCGCCAGUCUUUCCUACACGAGUGAACACGCCAAGAGACUCCAGUGGUGACCCCCUUUUGAGACAGAAAUCAAAGGCAAGGAGGCUGAAGUCACUACGCUGGAACUGAAGAUUGCUUUAAACAAGCAAGUCCUUCCAGAAGGUUUUUAAGUCAUGAUGCAAGAAUCUGGGACGGAGGCGACAAGCAACGGUCCAGCCAAUCAGAACGGAGCAGCGAGCGUGGAGGGCGGAGCCAGGGACGCGAGGCCCAGGAGCGUGACGACACCGUCGGCGCUGGACAUCGCGGCAGCUGACCUGAUCCAUCUCCAGCAGCACCAGGCUCUCCAAGUGGCUCGACAGAUCCUUCUACAACAACAACAACAACAACAACAACAACAGCUGCAGCCUCAGCAAGGCACCGGUCUAAAAUCCCCCAAAGGCAGCGAGAAGCAGCCAAGUCUACAGGUUCCAGUCUCAGUGGCUAUGAUGACACCCCAGGUAAUUACUCCCCAGCGGAUGCAGCAGAUCCUCCAGCAGCAGGUGCUGAGCCCUCAGCAGCUCCAGGUGCUCCUGCAACAGCAGCAGGCCCUCAUGUUACAACAGCAGCAACUCCAAGAGUUCUACAAGAAGCAGCAGGAACAGCUCCACCUCCAGCUCCUCCAGCAGCAGCAUGUGGGCACGCAGAGUAAAGAGCAGCAGCAGCAGGCCCAGCGAUUGGCCUUCCAGCAGCAGCUCAUGCAGGUCCAACAGCUCCAGCAGCAGCACCUGCUCAACCUCCAGAGACAAGGCCUGCUCACCAUCCAGCCUGGACAGACCACCUUGCCCCUGCACUCGCUCACUCAGGGCAUGAUUCCAGCUGAGCUUCAGCAGCUGUGGAAGGAGGUGACGAACGUGAAGGAAGAGAACAGCAGCAGCAACAAUAGCCACCGCGGCCUGGACCUGUCCUCGCCACAACCCCCCAAGAACCCCCUCCUCAACCAACACGCCUCCACCAACGGACAGUACAUGAGCCACUCUCUGAAGAGAGAAGGAUCAACGUUAGACGACCACCACCACUCUCACCACAGUCACCCGCUCUAUGGGCAUGGGGUGUGCAAGUGGCCUGGAUGCGAGGCGGUAUUUGAGGACUUCCAGUCAUUCCUAAAGCAUCUCAACAAUGAGCACGCCCUGGACGACAGGAGCACAGCCCAAUGUCGGGUGCAAAUGCAGGUCGUACAGCAGCUGGAACUACAGCUAGCGAAAGACAAAGAGCGUCUGCAAGCCAUGAUGACGCAUCUCCACGUCAAAUCCACUGAGCCCAAACCCACCCCACAGCCACUCAACCUGGUGUCCAACGUCACCCUGUCCAAAACAGCCCCCCCUGAGGCCUCGCCCCCUCUCAGCCUGCCCCAGACCCCAACCACACCCACGGCCCCCCUGACGCCCCUGUCCCAGGCCUACUCCGUCAUCACCCCCAACAGCCUCCACCACAGCGUGGGCCCCAUGCGCCGGCGCUACUCUGACAAGUACAACAUGCCCAUUUCCCCAGAUAUUGUCCAGAACAAAGAGUUCUACAUGAAUGCUGAAGUCAGACCUCCCUUCACAUAUGCCUCACUUAUACGCCAGGCUAUCCUUGAAUCACCGGAAAAGCAGCUAACACUAAAUGAAAUUUACAACUGGUUCACACGAAUGUUUGCAUAUUUCAGGCGCAACGCCGCAACAUGGAAGGGUGCCAUUCGCACCAACCUUUCCCUGCAUAAGUGCUUUGUGAGAGUAGAGGAUGAGUUUGGGUCCUUUUGGACUGUUGAUGAUGAGGAGUUUAAACGCGGCCGCCACGUACAGCGAGGCCGCCCUCGGAAAUACACCGCUGAUGAGAACUUUGAUGAGCUGCUCGUACAAAGUCCAGCAUUAGUGAAGAACAUCCAGACCAGCUUGGGUUAUGGGCCAGCUCUCUCUGCAGCCUUCCAGGCUUCAAUGGCAGAAAACAACAUACCUCUAUACACUACUGCUUCCAUUGGAAGUCCCACCCUCAACUCCCUGGCGAAUGCCAUCCGAGAGGAGAUGAACGGAGCGAUGGACCAUGGAAACAGCAACGGCAGUGACAGCAGUCCAGGACGCUCUCCCUUGCCAGCUAUGCAUCACAUUAAAGAGGAACCGCUGGACCCGGAGGACCACGAAGGCCCCCUCUCCCUUGUGAUGACGGCCAACCACAGUCCAGAUUUCGGUCACCACAGAGAUUACGAUGACGACCAGGGCCACGAUGACAUGCUGUAAGGCCAGGCCCCCAGAGGCAGAACUAACCUUAGUCAUCUGUGAGAUGCCACGACGUCACAGAUACAAGACUGCAGUCUCAGCCCUCUGAUGACAGCUAUCAAAUGUUUCCAAUUGACUUUUAGUGCCAUUAAAUACAUAGUGAAAAACACAAGAACGAGAAUACGUCUCACUUGGGAGUAUUUUUGAUUUAUAUCUACUUUUUUGGUUUAAGUGAACGAAAAUAUGAAGAAAAAAAAAAAGAAAUUUAUACUCAACAUGCAUUGGAUGGACAUGUUUGGUACUGGGGACUUCUUGGUUAGUGUGGUGAUUUCAAGUCCAGGAUGGACUUGGACCUGCACUGUGCAGCCAGUAUGGACUGCAUGCAGCCCACUCAACCACACUGAGCACGGACUGCUGAGGGAUUCUCUGUCUUUUUCUCUCUCACACACACACACACACACACACACACAUAUGCCCAUAAACUCAAGAGAUAUGGACUGACAUUUAAUUUACACUAUGUGUGUGUGUGUGUGUGUAUAUAUUUUGUUCAUUGUCACUGCCUUCAAAACUUCAUUGGUUGGCUUCCAUCUAGGGUGGGAGGGAUGUUUUUUGGUGUGUUUUGAGGGUGAGGGGUUUAAAAUAUAAAUAUAUGUCUUUUUCAUUGUUCAUUGCUCUUUAUCGCAUUUGAUUUCUUUAACUGAUCAGACCUCAUGCCCGUGCUGUGGAGAUUCUGUAUGGUCAGCACUUGAUGAAUGUUUAUAUGAUUUCCUUUCAUGUUGUCUCCAUGUUGUUUUUUACAUGAAGCAGAAUGUCAAAAUACCAAGUAGUAUUUUUCUGUCAUUUAUUCCACAUGCUUCAGAAUGCCACCUCCCUGACAUGUAGCCCAUCCCCACCCCAUCCCCCCAAGCUCAUGAAGUCCAUCUGCAAUGCACUACUCGUAAUGAAGGCUCUCUCCACGCAUCAAUGAAGUUUAAUUUAAGAUGGGAAUGAAUGACAGAGAAAUCAUGCAGGUUAUGAUUUAUCCUCAUGAAAUGAUAUUUGAGAACAGCCCUUCACGGCAGUGCAUGUUAGCUGCAUCCAGAUUUCUGAUCAUUCGCAAGCUCCCAGUUUUAGAAAGAAAAUGAAAUGUCAGGUGUGCAGGACAAAGAUAAUAUUUUAGACCAGCUAAUUGUGAUUCCUGAAGACAACUGUCAUCGUAGAUCAAACCUGUCCAGUUUUCCACACUGUAAUUUCACUCAUGGAGGGAUUGUUUGGCCAUGCUUGAAGAUAUCAAAGUGCAUUCCCUAUAGUUGUCAUGUUUUUUACCAUAUGCAUGACCAGUUGGCUCUCUCAGUUUUGAGUGAUUAUUAAUAAUUACACACAUCAGAUUAAAUAUUAAUGUCCUUAAUUUAGGGAUAAUCCCAAAACGGGCAAUAAGAUCUGAUCAUUGCUUCAUUCCAGUAUUUGUCAGCCAUGUUACGGCCCCAGACGCCCACCCUUACACAAGGGAACUGAUGAUCUGGCACAGUCAGGAGUCAACAUCAGCAGAACCCAAUGACCAAGGCAGAGUAGUGAUGUAGGCCCUGCAAUAGAGUGAAUGGGAUUGAUGCAGGGACUGUGAGGCUGAACACAAAUGGGCUUGAUCCUAGGUUUGGUAUAUUGAUAUGAAACGGAAUAUGCUCGUACAAAGACUCACAAAAAUGACUUUUUAAAGACUGCAACCACUUUGCAUUUUUAUUUAUUAUUAUUAGUUCAGUUUUUAGUUUUACUUUUGUAUUUAGUUGUUGAUGUGUCGGAUAUCUUGUUCUGUGACUACCAAAGAUAAACUACAAAGUAAAAACGAUGUUCUCUGUUUCAUGCAAUAGCAGAUAAGGCCAAAUAUCCUCCAUUCUCUCCCAUUGGAUGUGACAGGAUCUAUUGAUGGAGUAUAGACUCAGCUUUGUCAAGCCAAUGGCUGAUUUAUUAGAGAGGGCGCUCCUCAAGCAGUCGGACUGUCAUUACCUUUAAAGCCAAAGGGGUGUCUUGACGAGUACAGUAGCUGCAGGACUUUGCAGUGACCAAAACUUCAAGGGAGAUGCAGUCAGACAAACAUUAUGACCAAAUUAGGGUAGCAUGGUCUUUGGCCCAAUGAGAGGGAAAGGGAUCACUCUGUCCAUCUAUCAGCAGCAGAUUACUGUGCAACAUAAGGGGAUGGAUAAAAGGAGAUUAUGAUAGUAACGAUGCUGAUUUACCAGUAGACAGGAGAGCUUUGCAGAGAACAAUGUGAAAAGGAUUCUUUACUUCAACUGGACCACACAAUGAUUAAAUAUUUUGUUUAUUUUUUAUUCUUUAUGAAUUUGUACCCUUUCCAACGAUUGUAUGCCACUCUUUAGUGAGUCCUGCUAUCUUGACGGGAUUCUACUGUUCUUUGUUAACAUUGGCAAGGCUUUAUGAUUGUGUUUAGUUUCUGUCAACGUAUUACUUUUUAUAUUAAAAAACACUCCUGUCAACUAAUAAGCUGGGUACAAGGUACUUUAUGGCAGUUAUUUGAACAUUUCAUCAUGCAUUUCCUAUUACUAAUGAAAAGGGCAAUCUGUGGUUUUCAGAAAAUGUAUUUAAUAUCCAAUAGCAGGCAGCUGUGGGAUGGGUCAGUAACAGCCGGACUGGGAUCGUGAGAACAACUCGAUCUCAUCCAAAGCCAGUCUUUUGCUGAUUUGCUUGGUAUUCUGAAGGGGGAAAAGCUGGUAGAUUAGAACAUUCUCAGCAUGUGUAGCUUGACAUUACUAAAGAUAACAGCAUGAGAAAAUUGUUAGUACACAGACCUCAGUUCAAACCUAUAGGGAAUGAUUAAAUUAAGAGAAAAAAAAAAUGUUUUUCGCUCAGUUGAAUUUAGUUGUAUGUCUUGCAUGUGUAGUCUAAAACUGUAGUGAGUGAAAAAAUAUUUUUUUAAGGCAAAAAAAAUGAUAAGAAUACUACAUUUGAGCUUGUUUAUCUUGAGGGUCUCACAUCCUUUUUGCAAAAUCAAUCCAAACCUCAGGCCUUUUUUCAUUAAGAAAUCACCUAACUUUAUUUGAUCCCAUUUUUCACAAUCUAUUGUCAGUCGCUUGGUCGUGGGCUUUACAACAGUAGGUUGUUAGUAUAGCCUUGUCUUUUUCUUGUCGUUUUCUUUGCUUGUUUCUUUCAAAGAUCAAAAAUACAUGUGUGUUAUUCUUUUUGCUUUAUCACAACUGCUUUGUGUUAACUAUAAAAAAGCUUUGAAAAAUUGCUGUAUGUAUUGGAAUAGCAAACUGUACUGCAAAUGUAUUUUACUUAGUAAUCCUUGCUUUAAAAAGUCAUACAUGCAGACAUCUGUGCGAGAUGGGCGGGGCAGGGUGGGGGAUUAUCCCAGAUUUUGGAUUUUAAACUGUAAAAUAGAAAACAGACUUUUCUCUGUUAUCAUUGACCUAAGGAUUUUGUACAGAUUUUGUUCUUCCUUGUGUUAAGCUGUUUUUGAUACUUCCUUUUGAUGGUCCAACCACUGCCUUCUGUGGCUAUAUGUUAAACAUUACUGCUCGGAGAAAGGGCAGACAGGUAUAUUUCCUCUACAAGACUGAGGUAUCUUGCAUGACUAUUUCCAGGGUCACAGAGAUGAGAAAUAAUAGUUAAGUGGUCAGUAAUAGUGUAAGGGUGUAUCAAUCUAAUGAUAUUUUAUAUGAAACUAAUAGGAAAAAUAAGAAAAAUAUGCAGUGCCAAGAUGUAGAGAGUAUUUGUUAAAUGCUUUGUUUUUAUUCCAGAGGAAUCGAUUAAUUCAUACAUACAUCAUCAGUGAUGUCAUCAUCAUCAGUCCAUCGUCAUUAGGUGAAAUACAUACCGUUUUUAUUUUGUAAUAUUUUUAUCUCAACUUGUUUUUUCAUGAUAAGUAAAGCCAAGCACAUCAGGUAGCAGUCUUAAGUGGAGCACAAAGGUUAAAGGUUAAACGUUUGAUGUGAGUCAGACUGUACUCGUCCUUGAUAUACUGUAUGUUGAAUUUUGAACGAGAAAUAUCAACCCAAGUCGAGUAACCUUUUGACCUUGCUGUGCUCUGUGUAGGUGGCAUCAGAUUCCCCCUCAAGACACUUGUGGCCAUGCUAAUUUGCCACGGUUCCAUCAAUCAUGAUCCACCCCACUGUCGUUCACCACUGUGUUGUACCAUCAUCCUCUCAACCCGUGCUUCUGGCGGAGGGAGGGAGGGAAGAGGGUACAGCAGAGCAGCUGUCACGGUGCUUUAAUGUUUCAGCAGUUAGGUUAGUUUUCUGUUGAAGCUGUAGUCUGUAGUUUUCUGUUUUAUUAACUAAAUAUUCUGCUCAUCACCUUUAUCAUCAGUCUGUAAUCUCCUCAUCAUUCCUGGUCUGUCUGAUGCAGAAUAUUCUGUUGUACAGUCAGUCUCGAUAACUGACGUAAGCAUUCUAAAAAUGCAAUAAAAUGCUGGUUGUUCA